AUGACAGGAAAAUUCAUCUUCCCAACAGAAGCUGAGAAUCGUUUCAUAGUGGCAGACCUGGUGAACGUGACAUGGGAUGUUGUCGCCCCCCUCAUCUCGAUUUACGAGAGCUGUGGUAGCAUUAAUCGCAAAUUGAAAGAUAAAAUAACCAACAAUAAUAGCUACAUAUGGAUUGCGACUCGGAGAGACUACGCUGAAAAUGGGUGCCACUUCGUACUCCAGCCAUUCACAGCACAGGGAGAAUCUUAUGGUGACAAUAUUACCGGUAUUGAAUUUGGGAUAUCGAAACGGUACACAGAUGAUCCACCACCAGUCUCCUAUAAUUUCGUCAAACCAUCUUCAUCCAUGGCUGGAAGCACCACGACAGCACUUCAAAGUUCUCAACCUACCGGGGUUAUUUCCAAAGCUACAUCGUCCUUGAUAGAUACUCCGGCUUCCAAAGAUAAGCACGGUCUAUCGAGUACAAGUAAACUCGGAAUUGGUCUUGGAGUCUCGUUGGGUUUCUUACUGAUAGCUGUCACAUUGGGUGCAUUCAUCUUGACACGGCGAAGAACCCGUCAGAAGGAGAGUGGGAAAGCCCCCGCAAGUAUCCAGAUCAGCAAUGGACUAGCUACUGAUUCCAUAUACGAGGAUGGAAAUCCCCAUCAUGUGGCCUUGUCACAGAUGGAGACAACGGCUUCACUUUGCCAGUUGCCCAGUGAUGAUCAAAGGCCGACAAGAACGGAGAGACGGCUGAGUGAAUUGAUGUCCAUUGAGCGAGUGGAAUUGGACUGA